GAACGACACAGUAACCGUCAGAACCCGGAAGUUCAUGACAAACCGGCUGCUUCAGAGGAAGCAAAUGGUAAGCCCAAAUGUUUCUUUCCUACCAUGUAUAACACCAAAACAUGAUCUCAAUUGCUUUAUACGGAGUGUUCAGUAGACAUUUAUUAGUAAAGCAAUUGUCUGCAGUUUCCUUUCAAGUGCUGCGUGGUCUAAAAUAGUUUCUCCAUUGUCUCUUGUUCUAGGUUGUUGAUGUCCUCCAUCCGGGCAAAGCCACAGUCCCUAAGACUGAGAUCAGGGAGAAGCUGGCCAAAAUGUACAAGACCACCCCUGAUGUGGUGUUCGUCUUCGGCUUCAGGACCCAGUUUGGUGGCGGCAAGACGACGGGCUUCGCCAUGGUCUACGAUUCUCUCGACUACGCUAAGAAGAAUGAGCCCAAGCACAGACUGGCCAGGGUGAGUGGAUGCUGGAAAAAGGGAAACAAGUGGGGGCGUAGCUUGUGA